AAUCUUGGCGCUUUGACUCUGAUCUACGCCGCGCUUGCCUUCUCUGGACAACCUAGCAUAUUAAUACAGGCUAUCCGUGUCUUGCCUUCAGUCGUCGCGUUUCACGUAUAAAGAGAUCUCGGUUUUCUUCAUCGCACUUCACCGGUUGUUCCAGCGAGAUGCGUGCUUUCGUCGUCUUGUCCGUCGUUCUCGCCUCGGUGUCAAGCGUCUUCGCACAGACCGCCUCGGCGGCUGCUUACGCUACCACGGAGGCGCCCAUCGCCAAAGCCGGCGUGCUCGCCAACAUCGGCCCCAGCGGAUCCAAGUCGCAGGGAGCAAAAGCGGGCAUCGUGAUCGCAUCCCCUUCGACGUCGAAUCCUGACUACCUGUACACGUGGACGCGUGACUCGUCGCUGGUGUUCAAGGCUCUGAUCGACCAGUAUACUUCUGGCAUUGACACCACCCUCCGCGGCGCGAUUGAUAACUUCUUCAAUGCCGAGAAGAUUCUUCAGCAGGUCUCGAACCCGUCCGGCACUGUCUCCACCGGCGGUUUGGGAGAGCCCAAGUUCAACAUCGACGAAACUGCCUUCACUGGCGCCUGGGGUCGUCCUCAGCGAGACGGACCUGCAUUACGUGCUACCGCUUUGAUCACCUAUGCGAACUACCUAUACUCGACGGGCAACACCACCUUCGUCUCGAACACGCUUUGGCCGGUCAUCAAGCUCGACCUCGACUACGCCGCGAACAACUGGAACCAGACUACGUUCGAUCUCUGGGAGGAAGUCAGUUCGUCGUCGUUCUUCACGACGGCCGUGCAGCACAGGUCGCUGCGCGAGGGUGCCACGUUAGCGACCAAGCUCGGCGUGACCUCGUCGGCGUCUACCUACACGUCGGCAGCCUCGAGCUUGCUUUGCUUCUUGCAGUCAUACUGGAAUCCCGCCGGUGGUUACAUCACCGCUAACACCGGAGGUGGCCGCAGCGGCAAAGAUGCCAACACCGUCCUCACGUCUAUCCACACCUUCGACCCUGCUGCCGGCUGUGACGCUGUCACAUUCCAGCCCUGCUCUGACAAGGCGCUUUCCAACCUCAAGGUCUACGUCGACUCGUUCCGCAGCAUUUACGGCAUCAACUCCGGAAUCGCCUCAAACGCCGCCGUCGCUACUGGCCGUUACCCCGAGGACACAUACUACAACGGCAACCCCUGGUACCUGACCACCCUCGCCGUCGCUGAGCAGCUCUACGACGCUCUCAUCGUCUGGAACGCCCGAGGCUCGCUGAACGUCACCUCGACCUCGCUCGCCUUCUUCCAGCAAUUCUCGUCCUCCGUCACCACCGGCACCUACCCGAGCACCUCUACGACCUUCACCACCCUCACCUCCGCCGUCAAGACCUUCGCCGACGGCUUCGUCGCCGUCGUCGCCAAGUACACCCCUUCCUCCGGCGCGCUCUCGGAGCAGUUCGACAAGAGCUCGGGCUCUCAGCUCUCGGCCGCCGACCUCACCUGGUCCUACGCCGCCGCGCUCACCGCGUUCGAGGCCCGCAACGGCACGACGUUCGCGUCCUGGGGCGCCGCCGGCCUCACCACCUCGUGCUCGUCCAGCGGCAGCGGAUCCGGAGGCGGGUCGGGGAGCUCGGGAUCCGUCCCGGUCAACUUCCAGGAGACGGCUACGACCGUAUAUGGCGAGAACAUCUUCAUUGUCGGCUCCAUCUCGCCGCUGGGCAAUUGGGAUCCUAACAGCGCUAUCGCCCUCAGCGCCGCCAACUAUCCCAAUUGGCAAGUUUCCAUCUCGCUCCCUGCUUCGACCACCUUCCAGUACAAGUACAUCCGGAAGUACAACGGUGCAGUGACAUGGGAGAGCGAUCCCAACAGGAGCUUCACCACUCCUUCCAGCGGAUCGUAUAACGAGAACGAUACCUGGCGCUGAGCUCUCUGCCAUGGAUCGGAGCGAAGGCUUGCCCGAUCACGCUCCGCGCGAUGAAAUAUACCACCCGCAACAAAGAGAUUAUUACAGUACGCUAACAUCCUUCUUUCACACGAGAUAAAUCCGUGUUGUUUGCCGUUGAUUGCCCUUUUUAUCAAUAUCGAUGGAAUUCCGAUACCAUAUGCGCCGCCAUGGUUCUUCAUCUUAGCAAACGUCUUGCGAAACCGGGAUGACCCGUACCUUCCCAUGAAUAUACAGGCAUACCCCGGACACGCAUAGCGAAGCGAAACGGACGAAAGAUGUGAUAUUCAACUUACGCCGGCGCGAUUACGCGCAUACGAACGAUUUUGUAGAUACGAGUAGACGCGCUCAUCUCCGUUUGCGCUUUCCAAACCCUUUGAACGUUGAUCCGUCGUCGGAAUCGUCAUCCAAGAUGGUCACCGUGGGUGCCUUUUUCGCCGCGGAUCGCCUCGUCGAGGCUCGAGUUUGUGUCGCAGCUUUACCGCUCGAUCGCAGGGU